GUGUCCCCUCCAGCAGCAGUUCAGUGUGUCAGUGUUCAUAAGAACAGCAGUGAUGAGCAACAGAAGCCGCAGGUCCUGUACAAAGACUCGCUCCGGCUGUCUGGGACGUAAAGGACCGGAUGGACGAUUUUCCAGACUGACUCUACAGAGGCCCGGAUGGACAAAAGAUGAGGAUGAGAAGCUGCACAGGCUGCUGAAGGAGUUUGGAUCAAACAGCUGGUCUUCAGUUUCUCUUCACUUCAGAGUCAUCGAUCUGGUUCAGAGGUACGGCGUGAAGCGCUGGUCGCUCAUCGCCAAACACUUGCACAGUCGGAACGGGAAGCAGUGCCGCGAGCGCUGGCACAACCACCUGAACCCGACGGUGAAGAAGAGCAGCUGGACGCUGGAGGAGGACCGCAUCAUCUGUCAGGCCCACAGACUGCUGGGAAACCGCUGGGCCGACAUCUCCAAACUGCUGCCUGGCAGGACAGAUAACUCAAUCAAAAACCACUGGAACUCCACCCUUAAGAGGAAGGUGGAGAAGGAGGGAUACCUGCAGGUCUUGCGACUCUACAACUCCUCCUCCACCUCCUCCAACUCCUCCACCUCCUCCUCUAACUCCACCAGACCAGCACCCGGGACCUGCGCCCCCCCCAGCAUCCCCACCAAGCAGGGGGACAGUCUGUCCAGCAGCACCUCCAGCGAUCAGAGUAUGUGCGGAUGCCAAAGCAACCACGCCUACCUGUGCCCCGCCUGCGUCCCUGCCUCCUCCUCAGGUUACGACUCGUCUCUCAGCGUGUGCGAGCUGACAGCGCUCGUGGAGCUGACUGACGCGCACACAGAGACCUGGAGCCGUGGCCCACAGGAAGUGACCUCAUCGCUCUCCACCUGCCUGUACAGAGACCCCGCCGACCCGUCGGUCAUUGAUCUGACCAGGAGUUAUUUCAUCGGUCUGUGCGACAUUGACGAUCUGAAGUUACAGCGUCCAGUUCUCACCUCCACCCCCGUCUGUUCCCUCAAACACGCCACCAGCACUAACCAGGACCAGGACUCCUGUCUGCACUGCAGCCACACCAGUCGGACGCCCGAAGAGAUCAGACAGAGGAUCAGAGAGUUGUUGACGUCAGCUCCUCGAACACCGACACCGCUGAAGAUCAGCAGCCAGCACGAGGUGUCUGUCUGUUCGGGCAGGAUGAUGAAUCUGACGUGGGAGGAGCAAAGCGUCCAUCCUGACAUUCAACAGUCCAGCAGCAGCUCUGAGGUCCAGGGAGAGAGUCUGCUCAGCUCCAUCCAGAGAGAAUCCUGCUCUGUGCCUGGCUGCGAGGAGUUUGGCUGCUUCCUGUUGGAGGGACAGGGGGAUGUGUGGUGGUGUCCGCAGUCAGUUGAUUACACAAACUCUCCCGAAUGUCCCGCAAACAGAACGAACCCCUUCGAGCAGCUGAGCGGAGAGCUACAGGUGGUGAUGUACGGGAAAACAGACGAUCAGAUGAGUCUGACGGAGCAGGCCCGACUCUACGUGGAGCCCUGAGAUUCCCGCUUUCAUCGAGCAGUGACAAAAAACAUGCUGUGAAUCUUUUUAUGAUGAUUUUAAAUCAACUAUCAUCAGUCUGCUGAGUCGACCCACAAAUCAUGAGUCAGCAUUUUAAAUCAUCUUUCAGUCCUGAGACUCGCUGCACUCAGUGUCCAUCAGUUUAUCUAAGAACUGAUGUUUAUUGAUUUAUUUAGCAGUUAACAGGAAACAUCUGUAAUGAUUAUAUUGUAUAUUAUAUACAUUAUAUAUUGAAGCUGAAUUUGAACAAAAGCUCUAUUUUUAUCAUUUGAUCAUAUUUAAUGUCGUAUUUCUUAUAUGUUU